GGCCUUCUCUCUAUCAAGGCAAAGUUAGGAGCUUGAAGUGCCUUAGAAAAGUCAAACCGUAGUUUAUUUUUACAGCUCUGUAGUUUGUACGGAGAAAACAACGCAGCUCUGCUGUGAGGCUAACAGCUUGGAGUAGUUGAUGUAUAAAAACGAGCAAAAAGCCACUAAAAGCAAGUCGGAGUAUUGGGUUUAGAAUACGGAUUCAGCGCCUAAAGAAGGCGAUCUAGCUGAGUCAAGGCCGUAGGAUCAGUGUUAAUACUGGCUUUAGUAAAUUGCCUGCUUGGAAGAAGUUAACGUGAUGCUCACUUAAAUAGGCAGACUAGCUCCGUUGAAAGCUGGUGUAUAGCCAAAGAGCUCUCCCAGUUUCGUACUACAGAAACGUAAAUUCAGAUGCAUCAUCACUACUAUCAAACUGAGGUGGAGAUUGGUUCCUUGACUCUCCGAUAUGUUCCAGAAGAAUCCAAAGACAAAGUUAUCUCAGAUGAAGAUGUCCUAGGAACAUUACUGAAAGUUUUCCAGGCUCUAUUCGUAAAUGAUUUCAGUAAACAAUCAGAUAUCUUGACUGUGCUUCCAGAACCUGUUAAAUCAAAAUAUCAAGACCUACUGUCAGUUCAGCAUCCAAGGGUGAAACAGCUUGAAUACAGACAUCAGCAGCAAAAUACCUUUACACCAGAAGAAAUUCUUUAUAAGACAUUGGGUUUCAGUGUUGCCCGAGCACCUAGCUCAUUGAUUUCUGCUGGAAAAGGUGUCUUCGUUACUAAAGGAUUGGUACGGAAAGGCGCGGUUGUAUCUAUGUAUCCCGGUACAGUAUAUCAGAAGUACGAGCCAAUCUUUUUCCAGUCCAUUGGAAAUCCAUUUAUUUUUAGAUGCCUAGAUGGGGUGCUCAUCGAUGGAAAUGACAAAGGAAUAUCAAAAGUCGUGUAUAGAUCUUGCAAUGGGAGGGAUCAACUUGGCCCUUUAAAAAUGAGUGAUAGUACAUGGCUAACAUCAGAAAUUCAUAAUCCAUUGGCUAUAGGACAGUAUGUGAACAAUUGUUCAAAUGACAGAGCAGCUAAUGUCUGUUAUCAGGAAUUUGAUGUGCCUGCAGUUUUCCCUAUAGAGCUGAAGCAGUAUCUUCCAAACAUUGCCUACAGCUAUGACAAACAAAGGGAGCAGGGUCUACUCUCUAGUUGCCGUGCACAGGCCUCUCAUCGCAGUGCCUUCUCCCACCGCAGAGCAUCGGCUCUAGGCACACAGGCUUCAGUAGCUGUGGCACGUGGGCUUAGAAGUUGCGGCUCACGGACUCUAGAGCUCUGGCUCAGUAGUUGUGGUGCUUGGGCUUAGUUGUCCUGCAGCAUGUGGGAUCUUCCCGGAUCAGGUAUCAAACCCAUGUCCCCUGCCUUGGCAGUUGGAUUCUUCACUACUGAGCCACUAGGGAAGCCCAAGAAUAUGUGUAUUUUUAAUGUAACAUUUAUUUUUUGUGCAUUAAGUGGAAAGUCUACUGAGAAUACUCAAGUAACUAUUUUUAAAUAUAAGUAAUUGUAUAUUUAAAAGUUUUUUUAUUAACAAUACUAUAGGAAGACAUUGCCUUUAUAUCAUUUCACUUGGCUGCCAGUUGCUAGCAAACUUUAUUUUAUACAGGUCCAAUUAAAUUGUCCUUUGAUGAUGAAUGAUAUUUAAAACUUAGACAAUUCCCUGUACUUGAUAACUUUUAUGUCUCUAUAUGUAUGUGUGUGUGUGUGUGUUUUAACAAUGAAGUUUUUUUCACCUGACAUUCUGGGACAUAAUAUUAUUGCUGUUCAGCAAGUACAGGAAAAGUUAGAAGAGUAGGAACUUGAAGGUAUGCAUAUGUCUUACUGUGUCCAUAAAAGGUAUUUUUUUUAAAUUCCAAUAAAUGUUAAGUAACAUUUCCAGCUUUGUGGAAUACAAAGAUACAAAUUAAUUGUUUUUUGAAGUGUUGAACUAUAAUGUCAUUUUAAAAUGCUUUUUAUGAUACCAGUUUUGAGGACGGGAACAUAGAAACAUUUUCAAAGUAGUAGUCAGUUGUAUAAACUUAUUGAUUUGUGGGCUUUUUAAAUGAUGCAGAAUAAAUAUACUCUAAAAUGCCUCCAUCAGCAACGAGAGCUAUUUCUUUAUGGAAAUCAAAUACAUAAAUUAAGAUGAUAGUAAGGAAUCUGAAUAAAAUUAUCAAUGAAAUCCAUCUUGAUGGUACUAAAAAUAUGAGCUUGUAUCUGUUAACACUGCUGACUUUUGUCU